AGGCCUUUUAUGCAGAUGAGCUGGGGGCAAGGAGGGUGCAGCUCCAGUUACUCAGCUGAAACCCAGCAGUGCAGCCUCUCCGGUUUCCGCAGCGUUUUGAACCACCUGUUAAAUAAGUCAGUGGAGUUGUCCAGGACAAAGCAGUCCUCCCUGGAUCCCCGGGGGAAAAAUCUGGAGCCAUGCGAGGCCAGCGGAGCCUGCUGCUGGGCCCGGCCCGCCUCUGCCUGCGCCUGCUUCUGCUCCUGGGCUACCGGCGCCGCUGCCCGCCCCUGCUCCGGGGCCUGGUGCAGCGCUGGCGCUAUGGCCAGGUCUGCCUGCGCUCCCUGCUCUACAACUCCUUCGGGGGCAGUGACACCGCCGUGGACGCCGCCUUCGAGCCGGUCUACUGGCUGGUGGACAACGUGAUCCGCUGGUUUGGGGUGGUGUUUGUGGUGCUGGUGAUCGUGCUGACCGGCUCCAUCGUGGCCAUCGCCUACCUGUGUGUCCUGCCUCUCAUUCUCCGAACCUACUCGGUGCCACGACUCUGCUGGCAUUUCGUCUACAGUCACUGGAACCUGGUCCUCAUCGUCUUCCAUUACUACCAGGCCAUCACCACUCCUCCCGGGUACCCCCCCCAGGGCAGGAAUGACAUUGCCACGGUGUCCAUCUGCAAGAAGUGCAUUUACCCCAAGCCGGCCCGAACACACCACUGUAGCAUCUGCAACAGGUGCGUGCUGAAGAUGGAUCACCACUGCCCCUGGCUAAACAAUUGUGUGGGCCACUAUAACCACCGGUACUUCUUCUCUUUCUGCUUUUUCAUGACACUGGGCUGUGUCUACUGCAGCUACGGAAGCUGGGACCUUUUCCGGGAGGCUUAUGCUGCCAUCGAGAAAAUGAAACAGCUCGGCAAGAACAAACUACACCCGGUUGCCAACCAGACUUACCACCAGACCCCACCACCCCCCUUCUCUUUCCGGGAAAGGGUGACUCACAAGUGUCUUGUCUACCUCUGGUUCCUGUGCAGCUCUGUGGCACUUGCCCUGGGAGCCCUCACUGUGUGGCAUGCUGUUCUCAUCAGUCGAGGUGAGACCAGCAUCGAAAGGCACAUCAACAAGAAGGAGCGACGCCGGCUACAGGCCAAGGGCAGAGUAUUUAGGAAUCCAUACAACUACGGCUGCUUGGACAACUGGAAGGUGUUCCUGGGUGUGGACACAGGAAGGCACUGGCUCACCCGGGUGCUGCUGCCGUCCAGCCACCUGCCCCACGGGAAUGGGAUGAGCUGGGAGCCCCCUCCCUGGGUGACAGCGCACUCAGCCUCUGUGAUGGCCGUGUGAGCUGGACCGCAGCCGCCGCAGCUCGGGCACCCACCUGCUUCCUGUGUUGUCUCAAGGACCUCCAAGGGCAGCCUUUUCUAGAAUCCUUGGUCAAAAGAGCCAGUGGCCCGCCCUAGGGUACCACAUAAGGACAACUCAAGGACCAGCUUUUGGCUGCUGCAGAAGCAAGACACAACAUGGAGGAAUCUUAAGACUGGUUUCCCUUUACUCAGGCAACAGACCUUCCAGCCCCAGACUGGGGUCAGGCAGCUAGUCACCCUACCCUGUGCCGACCCCAGCCCCUCCAGGUCACAGCACUGGGGCUGCCAUGGCCUCGUCUAUGUGCUGUCUGAGAAGACACCUGACUGGUACAGCUGAGAUCCUGGCUUCUCAGCGCGGCAAAGGCACCAGCUCUGCUGCUGAGGUCACUGCCACUUCGCGUAUGCUGCUGAAGGGAGCAAAAUUAAAGGUAUUUGAUUUUUAAAGGCA